AUGGUCGAAGGUGGAUCACCAUCGCGAGAUUUAAAAAAACGACAUAGAAGUACAAGUAGAGAAAGAGAACAUCGUCACCAUCGAUCACAUCGUGAUGUCAGUGAAAAGAAACAUCGGCAUGUAUCACCUAGACGAUCAAAAUCGCCUGAUUCAAAACGACGCAAAAAUGAUGAAGUUAGUAAAGUAAAAAAGUCACAUGAUGAUGAUAUUGAAGAAGGUGAAUCAACGGCUAAUGACACCAGAUCAACAACAGCAAAUAACAAUGAAACUAACAAUGGAGCCACUACAUCAAAACGUGUGCCACUAUCAUUAGAAGAAAUGCUGGAAAAAAAUAAAAAAGAAAAAGAAGCAAUAUCAAAGCCGAAAUUUAUAACCAAAGAAGAACGUGAAGCUGCAGCAAUAAAACGACGACAAGAAGAAGCUGAUGCUAUUCGUCAACGUAAUGAUGAAUUACGUAAAAAGCAUACUACAUUCAAUAAGGAAGCUGAACAACUAGCUGCAAGAGAAGAUCGAGAACGUGAACGUGAACGACGCGAACGAGAACGGGAUCGUCAUCGCCGUGAAAAAGAUGAUCAAACAGAAAAACCAGUAAUUGCAGUUCCCGAUGCAGAACGUGAAGAAGCUGCUGUUAAAGAAAGAUACCUUGGCAUUGUUAAAAAAAAACGUAAAGUUCGCAGUUUGAAUGAUCGAAAGUUUGUUUUCGAUUGGGAUGUUGCUGAAGAUACAGCUGUUGAUUAUAAUCCGAUCUAUAAAGAAAAACAUCAAAUACAACUUUUUGGUCGUGGUCAUAUUGCUGGAAUUGAUAUUAAUAAACAGAAAAAAGAUCAGUCGAAAUUCUAUGGUAUGCUACUUGAAGAACGACGUACCCAAGGAGAAAAAGAUCGAGAAGUAGCUCGUCUUAAAUCUGAUCAAGUCAAAGAUGAAAAACGUCGUUAUGAUGAACGCCAUUGGACUGAUAAAACUUUAGAAGAAAUGGUUGAUCGAGAUUGGCGUAUCUUCAAAGAAGAUUAUAAUAUUACAACAAGAGGUGGAAAUAUUCCACAUCCAUUACGAUUUUGGGCUGAAGCUGGACUUGAAAAAGGCGUUAUUGAUGUUAUUGAAGCUGCUGGUUAUAAGGAACCAACACCAAUUCAACGGCAAGCUAUUCCAAUUGGCUUACAAAAUCGAGAUGUUAUAGGUAUUGCAGAAACUGGCUCUGGUAAAACAGCAGCCUUUCUUAUUCCACUACUUGCUUGGAUUCGAUCAUUGCCAGCAGUUGAUAGGACUUUGGAUGCUGAUAAUGGACCGUAUGCACUUAUUUUGGCACCAACUCGUGAGUUAGCACAACAAAUUGAAGAAGAAGCAGUCAAAUUCGGAAAACCAUUAAAUAUAGUAGUCGUGUCAGUUAUUGGUGGUCUAUCUCGUGAAGAACAAGGUUUUAAACUUCGGCUUGGUUGUCAAAUCGUUAUUGGUACACCAGGUCGUCUUAUUGAUGUACUUGAAAAUCGUUAUUUAACAUUACAACAAUGUACUUAUGUUGUUAUGGAUGAAGCCGAUCGAAUGAUUGACAUGGGUUUUGAAACUGAUGUUAAACGUAUUCUCGAAUAUCUACCGGUUACAAAUCAAAAGCCUGAUAAUGAACUUGCCGAAAAUACAAAGGAUUUUGGUUCGAAAGAUAAAUAUCGUCAAACAGUGAUGUUUACAGCAACAAUGACACCUAUUAUUGAACGGUUAGCACGUACCUAUCUUCGCCGACCAGCAUCCGUGUAUAUUGGUGCCAUUGGUAAACCAACAGAACGUGUCGAACAAGUUAUUAUUAUGUGUUCAGAAAAUGAGAAACGUAAUAAAUUACUUGAAAUUCUUGAGCGUGGUAUUGAACCACCUAUUAUUAUAUUCGUCAAUCAAAAGAAAGCCGUCGAUGUUUUGGCUAAGGGUUUGUCUAAGAAAGGAUAUAAUCCAUGUACAUUACAUGGUGGUAAAGGCCAAGAAAGUCGAGAUUUAGCUUUAGCUCAACUGAAGAAAGGUGAAAAAGAUAUUCUUGUUGCAACAGAUGUUGCUGGUCGUGGUAUUGAUAUUAAAGAUGUUUCAAUGGUACUAAAUUAUGAUAUGGCUAAGACGAUUCAAGAUUAUACACAUCGUAUUGGUCGUACAGGUCGUGCUGGUAAAGCAGGCAAAGCAGUAACAUUCUUAACAAAGGAAGAUUCAGCUGUAUUUUAUGAAUUGAAAGAAGUCAUACUUGAAUCACCUGUAUCAGUAUGUCCACCUGAACUAGUUAAUCAUCCUGAUGCACAACAUAAACCUGGCACUGUGGUUACAAAACGAAAUAAAACUGCCAUUCUUUGUGCUUAA